UCUAAAAAUAGAUUCAAAAGAUAGAAGUAGUAAAAGUAAGGAAAAAAAAAAUCAAAAUUUGAAGUUUCAAAAAUUGGGUCCUAAUUAGCAAUGUCAAAUAGGCCUCCUCCAUCUCUCUCCAUUAAUUGAUUCCCCACCUAUUGCAGUAAGAUCACAAGGUACUAGCCACUAAAUUUCUGUAGCAAAAUAUUUACAUUACAUCUAACUUCAUCAUCUUCCCUAUCCUUUAUAAGAACCUCCUCAUCCAGUUUAUCCACAUCAAACACUUACAAGCAGCAAUUGCAUUGUACAUUAUUCUUACUAGAUUUAGGGAAAUAUAUCACAGCCCAAAAACACCACAAGCAUGAAGCAACAGUCCCUUUUGUCUUGUUCUCUUCUACUUGUUCUUUUCCUCCAUUUUACCAAAAUCCUGGCUCAGUCACCGGCUGCAGCUCCAGCACCAGCACAUGCACAAGCACCAAAAGCAGCCUCCCCACCGCCUCCUGCAGCUACAGCACCCGCACCAGUUAUGGUCCCAGUACAGCCAUCAAAAGGGCCUCUCAAUGUUGUAAAAGUUCUCCAGAAAGCUGGCCACUUCACAUUCUUUGUCCGACUCAUAAAAACAACUCAAGAGGACAUCCAGUUAUUCUCCCAACUCAAUGACUCGAGUGAUGGAGUAACAAUAUUUGCACCAACUGAUGGGGCAUUUUCAACCAUCAUCAAAUCAGGCACUCUUAACUCUUUAUCCGAUCAACAAAAGAUUGAGUUAGUGCAGUACCAUAUAAUUCCAAGGUUUCUGUCAACUUCCCAGUUCCAAACUGUAAGCAAUCCUCUUAAAACACUGGCAGGAUCAGGAAGUGGAUUCGGCCUCAAUGUUACCACAAGUGAGAGUUUAGUAAAUGUGAGUUCAGGACUUACCCGGACAUAUGUGUCAGGUAUUGUCUACACAGAUGCAAAAGUCGGCAUUUAUCAAGUUGAUAAGGUUCUGCUUCCCUUAGACCUUUUCGCUCCUAAGCCACCUGCUCCAGCACCAGCGCCAUUAAAGCCUAAAAAGGAAGAAGCAGCAGAGACUCCAGUGGUCCCUAAGGAUAUUUCUGGUGCGAUACUAAGAUGUGCAGUGCAUGACAAUCUGGUGAUUUUAGGAGUGAUUGGUAUGGUUGGUAUGAUGUUUUCUUUGUGACACAAAAGAAUUCUUGUGAGGUAUUAUGGAACAGGUUCGAUUCUUCAAUGGUAUAUGAUUUUGGUGGGUUGGGAUGCACGGUGGUGGUGAUCAACUGGGUGAGUGUGGUUUGAAUUAUUGCCAUUUCUUAUUCCCUCUCUGUCACAUUUGUAUCCUUAAGCUUGUGAAUAAUUUUGAGGGGCUUUUCUUUUUCUUUUUCGUUUUCUUUUUUCUUCUUCCUUGUUGAGUUAUGUAUUUUGUGAAUUUUGUAAUACAAAUAGAAACUUCUGUUUUUAUGUAUUCUGCAAUUAAUAUA